AUGGCUGUGCAGACGCCGAAGGGAGUCGUGAGGCUGGAGGACCUUUGCCGCCCACGGCGUAGCCGUGCGAACGUCAAAACCAACGGCCGUGCAUUUCACAAGCCUUUCGAGGUGGCCUACCGCGAGAUAGCAGAGCUGCGAAAUUUCCGCCGUUUGGAGCAUCUUUUUCUGGCGGCUGAUGUGGACCGCUCCGGUGAGAUGAGCUUGGACGAAUUUCGGCAAGCUCUGCGAAAGCCCUGGUUUCAAAGGUCCUUCUCAUUGUUGGGCGUGCAGCCACAUCAAGCAGAGGUUGUCUUCAAGAAAAUGAAUACUGCAAACGCCGAGGAGAUAAGCAUAUCGGACUUCAUGCAGGGCUUGGAAAAUCUAUUGGGCACAGAUCUGGAUGGGCCUCCACGCGAUUUGGACGUAUCCUUGCUUAGCUCAAGAUUCAAGGCGAAGACCAAGCUUACCCCUUCAAGAAGUGAACCUCUGUUGCACACAGACACUCUGGACCGCUCGGCUGCAGCAGCAAUUACAGGUCCAGGGCAGGGGAAACACAUCUCAGCAGCCCUGGCGGUGUUGUCGCCGACGUCGUCUGUGUCCAAAAAAGCGACUCGCAAUCGAACGAGCAGUCAGCAGGGAACUGCCACGGGUAUGGACUGUCAAGAUGCGCCUAACUUGAAAAACUCCGCUACCACAGAUGGCGGUUCACCACUGACCACGGAGAGGCGACAGGUGGGCUAUGCGUAG